CGGCAAGAAGAGGGAGGAGUCGCUUUCCUCCGUGCCGAGCUGUCUGCGACUGGCGGCCCGACGGAGAGGCCGGCGUGGGCGGGGGGGAGCGAGCCGGACUUCCCGAGCGCGUCCGAGAGGGAGGGGCUCUGCUCAUCGCCGGGGGCGGGUCCCGCGUUGCCAGGGAAACGGAGGCGCGCCAGCCGGGGCCGGCCCCGAAAGGCUCGCGCGGGCGGCGGGACGGCGCGGCCCUUCGGAUGCGGGGCGAGCGAGGGAGCGAGCGGGCGGCCGCGCUCCUGCUCUGCCCGGGCUCCGCUGGGCUCUCGGCUCUCACGCACUUCCCUUAAGGCUGCCGCCCCUGCUACGGCGAGGACCGGCUGAGCACCUCGGAGCUGCCGGCGGGCGCGCGGAAGGGCCGGGCUGCCCUCGGAGCCUCCGUGCGCGCCGAAGAAGGAAGGCCGGGCCGCUCGGCGGGGGGGACUCCUCGGGCGCUGAGAUGCGACGGAGGCGGCCGUCGCGCGCUGCAGGCGGACUCGAGGCCGGGGCCCGCGGCCGGUUGCGCCUUGGCGGCGUCCCGUGACGGUGCCCGGAGGGCGGCUGAGGGGGCCGCCGGCGACCGACUUCCUCCCGCCGCGCCCUUGACUCGCCGGCCGACCCCGCGGAGCUUCGCCCCAGAGACGCCCGACGGCGCCGCUUCCCCUUCCCGCUGCGGCUUCUGUGCGACGACCGCUUGAAGCAGCCCGGCUCAGCCCGAGGCCCUCGAGGUAUGGUAUGAAUAUGCGUUGCUUAGCAGCUCGGGUGAACUAUAAGACUUUGAUUGUCAUCUGCAUUUUCUUCUCCUUGAUUACCAUCCUGCUGUGGAAUCGGUGCACCAGUGGAAAAAUAUCACCUUUCCCGCAUGACUCGAGCGACGGUGUGAAAGCAGGUGGAACAGAGAAGCGCGUGGCUGCAUCAGAGAGCGGCCAGUGUGUGAACAGAGCAGCUAAGCAGCAGAGUGAGGAAGCGUCGCCCCAGGAACAGCAGAAGGCUCCCCCCAUUGCUGGGGGCUUCCAUGGCAACAAAAUCUUAGGGCUGAAAUACGAAGAAAUUGACUGUCUAAUCAACGAUGAGCACACCAUUAAAGGCAGGAGGGAAAGGAGUGAGGUCUUUCUGCCUUUCUCGUGGGUGGAGAAAUACUUUGAGGUUUACGGGAAACUUGCCCAAUACGAUGGCUACGACCGGUUUGAGUUCUCCCAUAGUUACUCCAAAGUAUACACCCAGAGAGCCCCCUACCAUCCAGACGGCGUCUUUAUGUCAUUUGAGGGCUAUAAUGUGGAAGUCCGGGACAGAGUGAAAUGCAUCAGUGGGGUUGAAGGUGUGCCGCUUUCCACGCAGUGGGGACCUCAAGGCUACUUUUAUCCCAUCCAAAUUGCUCAAUAUGGGCUCAGCCAUUACAGCAAAAAUCUGACUGAGAAACCUCCCCAUGUUGAAGUGUAUGAAACGGCGGAAGAGAGGGAGCAGGGCAGUCAGCCAGGCAAAUGGAUGGUUCCGAAAGGCUGUUUUGUCACGACAAUGCAGGACAAAUCCAGAUUCACAAAUGUCAAGCAGUUUGUUGUUCCUGAAAACUCCGAGGGAGCAUCUCUCCAGCUGGGAAACACAAAAGAUUUUGUCAUCUCUUUUGACCUUAGAUUAACAACAAACGGGAGCGUUUCAGUGGUUCUUGAGACAACAGAGAAGAACCAGCUGUUUACGGUGCAUUAUGUCUCCAAUUCUCAAUUGAUUGCUUUUAAAGACAAAGACAUUUUCUAUGGAAUUGGGGCCAGGACCAGCUGGAGCACAAUCACACGAGAUCUUGUAACUGAUUUAAGAAAGGGUGUUGGACUCUCUAACACAAAAGUGGUCAAACAGACCAAAAUUAUGCCCAAAAGAGUGGUGAGGCUGACCGUGAAGGGAAAGGGCUUCAUAGACAACAUCACAAUUUCAACCACUGCCCACAUGGCAGCCUUUUUUGCUGCCAGUGAUUGGCUGGUGAGGAACCAGGAUGAAAAGGGUGGCUGGCCAAUCAUGGUAACUCGGAAACUAGGGGAAGGAUUUAAGUCUUUGGAUCCAGGUUGGUACUCUGCCAUGGCACAAGGACAGGCGAUUUCCACCUUGGUUAGGGCUUACUUGUUGACAAAGGACCAUACGUUCCUCAGUUCGGCUUUGCGGGCAACAGCCCCUUACAAGCUCCUGUCCGAGCAGCACGGCGUGAGGGCUGUCUUCAUGAACAAGUAUGACUGGUACGAGGAGUAUCCAACCUCACCCAGCUCCUUUGUUUUAAACGGAUUCAUGUAUUCUCUAAUUGGGUUAUAUGAUUUAAAGGAGACAGCUGGUGAGAAGCUAGGAAAAGAAGCAAAGCUCUUGUACGACAGGGGCAUGGACUCCUUAAAGGCGAUGCUCCCGCUCUACGACACGGGGUCAGGAACGAUCUAUGACCUUCGCCACUUCCUCCUUGGCACAGCUCCCAAUUUGGCCCGGUGGGAUUAUCAUACCACCCACAUCAAUCAGCUCCAACUGCUGGGCACCAUAGACGAGGCCCUCGUGUUUAAAGAGUUUGUCAAGCGAUGGAAGAGCUACCUGAAAGGCAGCAGGGCAAAGCACAAUUAAGCUGAGCUGAUAACCAAAACCACAUUUCCUUGGUCUGCCGUGCUUGGGAACGGCCAUCUUUUAAGUAGAGGAGCGGACCUCUUGAACAAUGGUGUCUGGGGUGUGUGCGUUUGUGUAUGUGUAUGCUGGGUUUUUUUAAAAUGAUUUCCUUGAAACUCCUUUAUAAUCAAUUGCAUUCCAGAGGAUAAAUAUUUUAGAUUUGGAGAUGACAUUAGAGCAGGCAUCCAGUGAUUGGACUGAAUCAAAACUUAACUGAACUCGUUUAUUUAUCAUAGUGAUUCAUGCUGCUCAAUGCAGAAUAUAAUGUAUACUUCUUCUUUUCCCCCCUCCUUUUGAGAGAUUACAGACUCCCUAUUUUGUUGCCUGGAAUUUUGCAGAAAAACGAGAAUCCAUUUUUCCUUUCCUUAAAAAGAAACAGGUUGUUUUUUUUAAAGUAGCUUUAUUGUAUUGCUUGUAUUUUCCAGAUUGGUUGGUAUGUUUUUUUUUCCCUUGUGGAAAUGUUUUGGUUUCUGUAUUGAGGGAUAAAUCCAGUAGUGAUUUUGUUAAUUCUUUUUAAAAUCUCUUGGGGAUGAGACUUCUCCAGGAAUGUUGGUGAAGCUCCUUGGAAGCAGAAGGAGCUGUAGAAGGUGCACCCGGUGUUUGCCUACUUCUCAAUUGCCUCUUGUGAGGUUUGCACCAGAAGUUCUUGGUGGGAUGGUGUCCAUCUAUCCAUUUGAAUGUUUUGUUCUUCGAGCACAACUUAAAGCAGGAUGAGUUGAUUGCACAAAUAUUGUAGCCAUUUUGACUGUGUCUCCCUUGCCUUGAUCAGCAUUCUUCCACUGAAUUUUGAUCCUGUUACUCUUUUUCAUGUAACACCGUUUGGGUUUUUUUGUAUGUAAAUACAGUUUAAUUUCUUGAGAAAUUUGAACUGUUUUCUUUCAGGCUUGUAUUGGUUGAAAUACAGUGUAUAUUAUUUGGAAAAAUAAUUCUCUGAUUUUGUUAGAAUGUCUGAAAUACAACAAGUGGUUUGCUUGUUUUUUUUUUGCAGCCACUCUUGAUCAUGAAAGUGAGUUGAAUGUUCCUGUACUUUUUUAAAUUACAUAGUAUGAAUCAGAUAUUCAUACUACUUGUUUUACAUUUUUUUCCUGCCUAGCCAGUUUUCUAAACAAUGCUAGCUACUUGGGACUGUUAUUUAAAUUUCUGUUUCUAAAUUCUGCCUAAGGACAUGUUCUUGAAAAAACUCUGUGGAUAUCUGGAAUUUGUCAUUGUAUUGUCAGAGCAGUUCUGUGAAACUCACAUGCAUCUGUGUAGAUACUCUGAAUCGUAGAGUAACCUCUGUUUUCUCUAAGCAGACUGAUGGGGCUUCCAUCAGAAAGAGUUAUGCCAUCUCUGUCGCAAAAUGCCAUUUUCGCACUUGAAAUUCUUCUCAAUCUGCAUCUUGCUUAUAAGCAGUUUUUCUGUGUUUGGCUGUUUCUAUAUAGCUGAUAGAAAGUGAAUAUAUAAAUGAUUUAUUCCUAUAAAUCAUGCUGCCUGCCUAAGAAUCAGCUCAGAGGGUCAGCUUUUUUCAUAGAAGUUGAAAUGUCACUGGAUGAUAUUUUAGCAUAUCAGCUAAUCUAAUUCCGUUUAUAAGCAAUUCACAAUCCUGUCUAAAAGCUUUGUGAGCCUCAGUUCUCAUGCAGCACAACCAGAUACUGUACAUUGCAAAAACAAUUGCUUUUCCUUCCCAUAUUGCAAAAUGUAGAGAAAUAAUAAAAGGUAUAUUUUAGUAUUUUAAAGCUUUGAACACAUUCUGACAUUUCAUUUUUUUUUCAUAUAUAUUAUAGCAUCAACCUCUCUGUUAAAGAGCUGUUGGGAUCUUUUGAUUUCAGAAUCCUUCCCAGUGUUCAUCUUUUCUCAUGAAAACAUGCCUCAUUUCAAACUUUUUCAUUUUUAGAAGUACCUCUGCAGCCCUCCAACUAUCAAGUCUCUUGAUUUUUAAGAAUGAGAGAGAGAGAGAGAGAGAGAGAAAGCGCUGUGUCUGUCUGAAGACGCAAACUUUAGAAAUCUUGCAUGUAGUUCUUGGAGCAGAGAAUUUGGGAGGAAGAAUAUGUAGACUGCAAAGGGGAAGCUGUGGUUGUCUUUUGUACACAGAACUUCAGAGAAUGAAAAUACUGUUGGUGGAAUAGACAUGUAAGUUAAUAUGUUCUUAUUAAGAUGGGCACAAAGGGUAAUAACAUUUUCUUAUGGACAGGAUCAAAUAAUUGUGUUCCAGAAGCAGUUUCCAUCUGUUUGGCAGCCAGUCAUCCCAGUUUCCCCACUACUUUGUCACUCCUCCCAUCCGUCUAGUUCUGUCCAGAAGAAAGCUAUCCCAUUCCCUGCAUGGAUCAUUGAUUGCUGCUGGGUUAAAUAGUUAGAGAGCUAUAGACAGAACACAGAUGAGAUUUGGAAAUGCUCACCCUCAUUGUGAUACCAAAAAAGGACAUAGGACGUUUUCCCAUCAACUGAUUAUGUAUAUAUCCAAGCAAUAUAUGAAUUUCCCCUUAUUUUUGCAGUUGGUGGCCAUUUGUAUUUGAAGCAGUGUGUACAGAUUUCUUGAUUGUGCCGCUUUGUUGAUUUGUUAGUGCCUUAACUCUCGUGUUCAUAACUUUCUCAUGCAGUAAGAACACCGGCAUUGCUCAUUCUGUGGCUCCCUCAUGCAAACCUCCUUAGGGUAUCCAGGCUUGUAGGUCUUGGCCCAUUGGGAUAAUAGUCAACCGUGGCACACUGGCUCCUUUACAGUCUCUUGUCAGAGAGAAACCUAGAAUUCCCCUAGAAUUUUCAACAGGUUGAAAUAGCUAGAAGAUGACAAGGGUUCCCUUAAAAGAUCAGAGGCAGCUGUUGGCAAGCUGCACUAUGAGCAGGAAUCGCCAUGUAUGAUGGGAGAGAUUCACCUUAUAUGGCGGUGUCAUCUGAAUGUGGUAUUACCACUCCUGACACACUUGAUUUGUUACACUUGUCAAUCUUUGUAAAAUUGAUAACUAGUUCAGUAAUGCUUGUAUGAUGCAGUCAGCUAUUCACCUCUUCCUGCUUUGGAUUUGACCUUGUCAUCAGUGGCUUUUGUGAAUUAUAGAUGGUGGCAGUCACUGGAAGCCACUUGGUCUCCUUGCUUAAGAAAUGUCAUGUCUGCAUUAGGCCUCAUAGUUCUAUAACAAAGGGUUUCAGAAGGCAAAGUAAAAUGUAAAAAACAGGGGAAGUUAUAGGAAAGCCAGAACAGAAUAAUUUCAGGAACAAGGAUUAUGCACUUGUGGUUUCAGAGCUUGCAACUCCUCCUGUUUGCAUUGUUGUACAGAGAGGUUUGCACUGUGUUUAAGGAGACAGCGGCUCAAGCACAACCAUCGGCAUGUGGCCGUUUCCGGUGCCAUUCUCAGUGAUUUACUGCCAAGCAGGUGCUUCAUCUUCCUGCUUCUUGUGUGUUCCUUUUGUUUUUACUUCCUUUACAUACAGGAUUUACACAAAUAUGCAAUAAAUUGUUUACAGGAUGCCCUUUGAAGGGCAGUGAAUCCUUUGUAUAAUUGUACAGACUUUGUGGUUUAAGCACAAUGUGCACAGGCUAGUUUUCUAUAUGGCAGGACAUGAAUUUUUUUGCAGUAGGAAUUAUCAGAUAUAUGGAAUUGACUUUGUCCUUCAUGUAAAGUUGCUUUAUAAAAUAAAAUAAAGGUUUUUAAUGUCUUAUUG